UGUGUUGAAGAAAACUCACAACUUCAUCUUUUUCAUUUGAUUCACUUCAAUGGAUCCACCUGCAACUUACAGGUGCAGAAACUGCCAAACUCCUAUUGCUUAUCGUGAUGAACUUCUUUCCAAAAGCUAUAUGGUAGUGGUUGAUCCCUUUGGUAUUCAGGCAAAAACAGGGCAAGCAUUUCUGUUCUCUGAUGCAAGGAACAUUGUGUUUGGGCAAAAGCAAGAGACAAAUCUGAUAACUGGUGUGUACACCAUUGCUAGCAUCUUCUGCAGCAACUGUGGUGAAGAAUUAGGUUGGAAAUACCUUCAAGCUUCUGAGGCAAGACAGAAGUUCAAGGAAGGCAAAUUUAUACUUGAACUUUCAAAGAUUUCCAAACACUUCUAGCUUCUUUCCAUAAAUUCUUAAAUAAACACUUAUCAGAUAUGUUUAAUACUGUAUUGAAAUUAAAAGAAACAUUCUCUUCAUAAUAAGAGAUGAAAUUCUACGUUUAA